UUGGCUUUUCAUCUCUAAGCAACAAUAUUUAUGUCAAUAAAAUUUCAAACAGAAUUAUAGACAGUUAAUAUAAAACUGGUCUUCUUUGUUCAUAUCAUUUUUUUAAAAAAAAAUUAAAAAAUAAAAUUAGUUCUGUGGUUUCGCAGAUUUCGCGCACGCGAAAAACAGUUGCUCAAGCGAAGUUGAUAGAACAUAAGUCGGUGCGUUUUUUGGGGCGUCUGUUAGACAGAAGAGUGUUGGAGUAGUACACUGUUUUAAAGAGGGCGUUCGUUACGAGAUUUAUCAAACUACUUAGGCUAACAUGGAAGAAUCAACUGCUGUCAUCAUUUUGUCCAUUACAUCAAUCAUUGUUGUACCACUCAAUGCUUUGUGUCUACUUGUCAUAGGUUGUUCAAAAUACCUUCGUACAAAAACCAUCAGUAUAAUAACAAGUGGCUUGCUUUCAAUGCAUUUACUUCAAGGUGUGUUCGUCAUGCCAUUUUACGCACUAAAACGCAAAUACGAAAGUAAACUCUAUUGCGUCAUCUUUCGAUUUACAUAUAUGAUAACGUUUUAUGGAACUUGUAUGUUGGUGCUCAUCAUAAGUAUCGAUCGACUUCUUGCUACUAAACUAAUGACAGCAUAUCGAAUCAGAGUGACAAACAAGCGAGUUUCUGUCACCAUCCUUUUCUCAAUGAUCUACAUAAUUAUAUUAUCUUUGAUACCGUUUCUAAACCAAAAUCAACAGUGUUUAUACAAUCCACAGAAAGAAUGGGUGCUAUGCAUGUUGUUUGUAAACUGUGCUCUCCCUUAUUUUUUUGUUGUUCUUAUAUACAUUUGUAUCGUAUGUAGAAUAAAGAGCUCCUUACAAAUACUUGGUCCAGGACGACUUCACAACAACAUUAGUAACAGAUUCAAUACAUUGAAUAACAAAUUGACAAAGUUUACUUUGUACGUUGGGCUAACAUAUGGUAUCGCUUGGACACCAUCAAUAUUUUACUAUGUCCUUCUGCAUUUAGCACCAAGCGCGUUUCCAAAAGACUAUGUCAGUUCAACAGCUGAAAAUUUUAUAUCGUUUUUCAUGAAGUACAUAAAAUGUUUAGAGGGUGUGACCACUCCAAUAUUGUAUUGCUAUUUUCAUGCAGGAUUUCGAAAAGAGUUCAAACGUAAGUGCUCCAAACACAGAAUAACUGUGGCUACAAUAAGAUUGUCGGUGUGUCAACACAAACAAUGUAUUACACGCUGAUCAAUGAAACGAAUUAAUUAAUAAUUCUCUACAUAAUCAACACAUAAGAAAAGUCAGAUAUAGCUUUUCGAAAACAUUCUCUGUAAAAUUUAUGGGAUAACAACACACAGAUGUGUAAAUAUCAUAUUUAUAUAAUAUUUUAGAUUAGUUAUGCACUUAUUGAAGCUUACUGGUGGAAAAAAAUAUCUUAUGCAUUUUUGGUGUUAAAAUGAGAUAUGUAAUUUUUUUUCAUACAGUCAAACGUGUAAAAUGACAUCAAAGAAUAAAAAGAACAAAAUGGUAAAAAGAAUUGUAAAUCCCAAAACUAUUUUGAAGAAACGUCAUUAAAAAGAGCGUAUUCCUUUUAUAAAUUCCUAUUCUUUUCUUUUCAUAACUAAAAGUCUGAAAAACUACAAUUUUAAAAUAGUUGUGGCAUUGUUGUGUCAGAUCUCUUGGAUUGAAAAUCAGUUUUGAACAGUUUAGAAAUUUGUGCUGUUAAAUACAAGGCCUAAGGUCAAAAGCACAGAUCGAGCUUGUGCUAAGUAUCAACUUCACCAUCUCACUGUACCUCCCCCGAAAAAUAAAUUUGCCUAUGCAAACUAGAAUUUGGAAACCUUUUCAAGUGACUAAAAAGAAAAAAUAUUAAUAUUUUAACAAUUCCAAAACAAAUUCAAAUCAAUUAUGAUGUGAAUUGCACAGAAAAUCUGGUUAAUGUGAACGACCUUUUCGUGUAUGCUGUUGAAGUCUGUUUACUU